UUGUGACUUGCGAAAUGGAGAGAGGAGGUGUUCGGAAUAACAAGCCACUGUGUUUGAGGGUUUUAUACUUCACUAAAAUAGAAACCUCAACAAACAGAACAACAUAGACAAGAGCCGACUGGAUACUGCCUCAGGAGCUAACAUACACUUCAUGAAAGUGAUGCGUGACUCGAUAGGAUGAUCAGCAAUCAAGAAGACGAUGAGUUUGUGGCAGUGCGGGUCCAAGAUCCCCGGGUUCAAAAUGAAGGCUCGUGGAAUUCAUAUGUGGAUUACAAAAUAUUCCUACAUACCAACAGUAAAGCCUUCACUGCCAAGACGUCCUGCGUACGUCGGCGCUACAGUGAGUUUGUAUGGCUCAGAAAAAAGCUCCAGAAGAACGCUGGCUUGGUGCCCGUCCCAGACCUCCCAGGAAAGUCUUUCUUCUCCUUCAGCAAUGAGGAUUUCUUGGAGGGACGACGGAAAGGACUCCAGGUCUUCUUGGACAAAGUUGUGCACAUGACGGUAUGUCUGUCAGACAGCCAGCUCCAUCUCUUCCUGCAGACUCAGCUGCCAGUCGGACACAUCCAGGACUGCGUGCAGGGGCACACUCCAUACUCUGUGACAGAUGCUAUCCUCACUUACGCCUCGUCCAAUCGGGGCUUUGCUCAGGCUCAGGAGGAAGAUGCCAUCAAGGAGCCAAGUUUGACUGUUUCAUACGAGUCCAUGGAGAGCCCGGCUCCACAUCAGCCCUGCCCCCAAACUCAAGAUACCUUCAGCCCUGAGCUCCUGUCAUGCAGCGAGUCUGACCGUCUGGAAGGUUUACUGGAGUCCUGUGAUAAGGACACAGCUGAGCUAAAGCUAAAGGAUCAAUCUUCAAUAAAAGUCCCCCAAAAGAGCAACCAUUUAGAAGCUGUUGUUGACGUCAGUAACCCAGGAGAGGCAAGCUUUUUUGUGGGUGAAAGUCCACCUGAGCAGAACCAGCUGAGGAGCUGUGUGAUACAGACACCAGUGGAGGUGCACUUACCCAAGGGGACCAGCUUUGAGGAGGAGAGCGUCAUGAUGUUACACACAGAGGAGAAAACUGAAAAUUGUCAAGCCACAGAGGAGAAAGGGGAAUCAGAAAGGCCUGUUGAGGCAAAUGUAGUAAAUUCUGAAACAGAAAAAUGCCUGAAUAUGGAGGCAAUUUUAGAUGUUACAGACUGUGAUGUUGGAUCUCAAGAGGUUGUUCAGGAAGACGUCUGCUCUGAGGUACAGGUUUUAGAAAAUGAUCUAAUCUCUGAGGACAAUGCUGAUGACUUUAUUGGUGGAACCGAGGGUCAAGUUGCUGAUAUUAAUAGUCAGGAGGAGUUACCAAGUUCUGACGGGCAAGAAGAGCCAGAGAACGAAAAAAGUGAGGAACAAGAACAGCAGGAGGAGACACCGGUUGAACCAGAAAUCCAUGAAGAGCCUCCUAACGAGGAAAACAUCAAUGAGGACAGUGGUGCUGAGCAAACGGACCAAGAGAGAGCUGAAGAGGAGGAUUUCCACAGGACCAAAGACGAGAGUGAUGAGGAAAGCCGCUCGCUGCCGUCCUCUAACGGUAGCAUCGUCAAAGUCAGCGAUGAAGAGAGCAUCUGCGAUGAAGUCCAGGAAGAGAACGGCUUCCUGAAGACAUUACCGGAGGACGGCACAAACUGGUCAGAAGAAGAGCCCUCUAGUGGACACAUUUUAGACCUACACAUAAACGGGUGUCCUGAGGAGAAAGAGGACAUUCCCACUGAGGAUCUGCAAUACACAAACGACAGCGGUGACUUUAGUAAAUCACUGGAGCUUAACUCAGCCGUGAACGGAGGAGAUUUAACUGAAAAUAGUGACUUUAGUGUUAUAGAGACCAGCUGCUCUCCUGUGUUAACUGACAGUAAAUGUGCAGAGCAGGACAAUGUGGAUGUAUCAGAGGAGGCUCAUGAGGUGGAGGUGCAUCAAUUAGACAGCUGAAAGGCACCUAAGCUUCACAUAGGAUCACAGGCACAGUAACAAACUACUCACCAAUAUUUAAAGACAUAGCUCAAUGUAAACAGUCCUCACAUUAUGGAUGAUACUGGCUGUUACUCCUGGUUUAGACUUAUGUGUCAAAUCUAUGCUGCAGCUACGCCAUCAUUGUGCAAUGAUGUGAACAAGCAGUAUACACAAUAUGCCUGAAAACCUGACUUUACCGCCCGACUGAGUCCACCCAAGCCGCAUCAUGACAGACCGCCAUGUUCUGUCCACCUCUGCAGCUUCCUAGCUCCUUUGAAUGAAAGAGUUUUUUCAAGAGUAACUACACUCUAACGUGUAUUUACUAAUCAGUAAACCAGCAUUUUUGUUUCAAGGAUGAAUUUCGUAUAAUUAGGGAGAAAAGCUGUUUGAAUGUGGCAAGACCAGGAGGCUUCAUGCUGCAAGAACUCCCUGGAAGGCUUUGCUACUCCAAAAACAACUUUUCUCCCUCAUUCAAAGACAUUCAUUCAUAAAAUAGCAAUGGUGGUAAAGUGCAGUGUCUAUUGCAAAAAGGUCUCAAUCAAAAAAGUGAAUGAGGCAACAGAGGUUUGUGGAGCAAGGCAGUUCAUCACUACUGCUUGGAUGGAUUCAGUCGGUGGAUUUGCUGUUACUCAGAGACUGUUAAUGCCACCCAGUACACCAGUCCCAGGGCUUGUGGUCCACAUGAACUCAAAGCUAAGUGACUUUUUUGCCUGUAUUUAUAGAGGAGGACAGGCACACAUGUACAUAAGCACAUAGGACCCUAUCUAACCACGCGUCCAACUGUGCCCCAAGGUAAAGUACAUACUGAAGAGGUAAGCUACAUACGUAGAUGUCUGCAUAGAUUUAGAGCUCUCCAAGCCUACAGCAUAUGUCAUGGCAUAGAUUUGACACACAAGUAUCAAUCAAGCUUUAGGCAUAUUACACUUUAAAAGCAUCACAUCACUCCUACACUGUGCUGUUAUGCAUGUUUUAGGUCUCACUUUUUAUUUAUUUAGAGUUUCUGUUUAAUUUUAAAACCUUACGUGCUCAUUUUGUUCUCAGGUACACUAAAUAUCAGCGCUGUUUUCCUCCUCUGACUGGGUUCUCUGCUGGAUGUGAAGUUUGGCUUUGUAAACAGCAGAGGGCGCUCAGAGCUACUAAAGGACACAUGCACCUAAGAGGUUCAAUAAUAAAUUUAUAGAGUGAUGAAGGUUUUAUUGGUAAAAUGACAAAUUUUGUGAACAGUUUAUGUUCAGUUUUACUGCUCUGCAAGGUAAGGAUGCAAUUUAACAACAAACCAGACUGGUUUUGACAGAAAUACACAAUUUUUCCUUGACUUAGAAAACACGUGUUUGUAGGUACAUUUUAAAUUAUUUCCUUACAGACUAACAAGAAACUUACAGUAAUCCCAAAGCCACCCAAAAAGUCUCUAAUAUAAAGGACAAAACUUAAUUUGUUUAGCAUCCGCCAAAACCAGUUUUAAAAAGUCUGUUACAAAAAAAGGAAAGAGAACAAUUGAAUACAGAUCUUCAAUAAAAAAAGAAAAAAUACAAAAACACUCAGAAGUUAAAAUCACUGGGUUGAAUUUACUCACAGCAAAUAAAAAAUAAUCAGUUUUAUAAAGAAGUCAUGCAGUAAAUAAAGUAGUAGUUUAGUAGUUUGCUGUCUUGAGUUGGUGCAGUUAAAGAACAGUAAGAAACAAGCAAAUUAAUAAUCAAAGAAAAGUUCAAAUCUCACAUCAUUCUCUCAUUUUUCAAACUUAGUCACUUCAGUCAAACAAUAAAGACUGCAUAAUUUUAAAAACAAUUUAAAUUGAUGUAAUUUUAGAAUGAGGAUCUGAAAAAACAUGAAACAACCAGCAAAACACUUUCAGGGUUCGUCCAGUAUGAAAAUGUGAGGAAUGUUGAAGAAAUACUACUAUUUUUUAAAGUUACUUUGUAGAUUUUCACUUUUUCUGCUCCAUUUGACCUUUUUUGGUACAUUCUGUUUAAAAAUAUAAAUGGUAGGAUGUUAAAAGGUUAAAAGAAGAUGAAGUAAUAAUAUAACACAGUUAUAAUAAACAUAUAUUUACAUGGAGAUAUCAACCAUGACACUCUACUUACUGUGAAACCUAAUCUGUGCAUUUAUACUGCAACGGAGUUAUCGAGUAAAGCUCAACAAAUCCUGUUUCAGUGCAGCAGUUUCACCUUAAAAUUGAUAUGAGGAGUGUAUCAAAUAAGCUAAGAGAGAAAAGAUGUAAAUUUAAAAUUAAGAAUUUAUUUUUGAUAAAAAAAGAAUCAAAUUAAUUCCACUUCAACUUAUUUUAUUCCUUGGAGCCCCUUUUGAUCAGAUAUUGACAUUGUCAGUCCUGUGAUCUUAUUUAAAGGUCUUUUUUUCUGUUACAUGUGCUCUACUGGAUUUUUUAAAAGAACAAAAUUACUUUAAAAAUAAGCAUCGUAUCAACAGAGUUUACAUACACUAGGCUUAUUCACAGUGGUAUUGGAUGAUGAUACAGCAUUGAAGACUGCUUUUAAAGAUCAUUUAUUCAGGUUUGGUGUUACAGUUCUGAUGUAUCUCACUGCUUUGACUUCUUUCACAGCCACAUCACAGCCCUACGUUCACAGCCUUGAUUCAGUUUAGUGUGAAACUCUUGAUGGCUCCUAAAUUAUAAUCUAAACAUUGUUUUCAUUCAGCAGCAGAUGCCUGUGAUUGUAAUUCUUUAGAAAAGGGACCCAGAGAUUGUUGUGCCGCUGCACGUACAGUAGAGUCGAGCCUCAUCAGUCGUCAUUUAUUACAUUUGUUUCAUGGGAUCUAGUCGCCGGAUUGCAGAGUGAUGGCUUUGCUUCUUUUUCUUUAAUAAUGUUUGGAUUUGAAGCGCCAUUUUAUGGAGAUGUUGAUUUUAUAACAUGAAUCUACCUGGGUGACUGUGUCCUUGUAAAUACGCAAACUAUGAUGUAAUUUUUAUUUCAAAUAAAUAGGUUU